CCUAAAACAAUUUUUCUUUUCUCACAAAAAUUUCUGUAUUGGUGGGACCUUUGAGUUUUGAAGCGGGAAGACCGAAGAUGAACGAAGCAGCAACUUACAUAUAAGUAACGCUCCUUCCUCUACAAGCUUCUCUCUCUGUCUCUCACUCUCUCUCUCUCUCUGCCUUUUCCACCCAUGGCUCGAAACAAGGAAGCGUUGCUUUUGCUGCUUGAUGUGGGCCCGUCAAUGCAUCCCGCUCUUUCUGAAAUUGAGAAAGUCUGCUCCAUGCUUGUGCAUAAGAAGCUGAUCUAUAGCAAAUAUGAUGAAGUGGGAAUAGUCUUAUUUGGAACUGAAGACACUAAUAAUGAGCUUACUACGGAAGUGGGUGGGUAUCAACAUGUUGUGGUUUUGAAAAAUAUUAAAGUUGUGGAUGGAGAUAUUGUUGAGGCUUUACAACAACUGCCUCGAGGAACAACUGAUGGUGAUUUUCUUGAUGCUGUCAUUGUUGGCAUGGAUGUGUUAGUAAAAAAAUUUGGAGUAACAAACAAGGGAAAGAAACGUGUGUGUCUUAUUACAAAUGCACAAUGUCAAAUAAAAGAAUCUGAUGAAGGAACAAAGGAAGAGCAAGUUACCACCAUUGCCAAACAAAUGACUGCCCAUGGUAUAAAAAUGGAAAGUAUAAUUAUGAGAGGAAAGCUUAGUCAAGAUGCAAACAAGGGAAUAAUGGAUGAGAAUGAUCGCUUGUUAAAUAUUUUUUCAAAGGAAACAUCAACAAGAUUGUUGUAUGUGGAGAAUCCAAUUUCUUUGUUUGGUGCUCUUCGAACAAGAAAUAUAGCUCUGGUUACAGUUUUCAGAGGGCAUCUUGAAAUCAGUCCAAAACUGAGCAUUAAGGUAAUGGUAUACAAGAAAACAACUGAAGAGAAAUUUCCUUCUAUGAAGAAAUAUUCUGAUAAGGCUCCUCCAAAUGAUAAAUUUGCUAAACAUGAAGUCAAAAUAGAUUAUGAACACAAGAGUUCUAAAGAUCCUGACAAAGUUGUCCCCCCUGACCAAAGAAUUAAAGGCUAUCCUUAUGGGCCUCAAAUAGUUCCCAUAUCCUCUGCUGAGUGGGAGGCUGUUAAAUUCAAACCGGAAAAAGGUGUGAAGCUCAUGGGAUUUACUGAUUCUUCUAAUGUAUUUAGACACCAUUACAUGAAAGAUGUAUAUGUUUUCCUACCUGAACCUGGAAAUACAAGAGCCAUGAUUGCAGUUUCUGCAGUAGCAAGGGCUAUGAAGGAAAUGAAUAAGGUGGCAAUAGUACGUUGUGUUUGGAGACAGGGACAAGCGAAUGUUGUCAUUGGGGUCUUGACACCCAAUUUAUCUGAUAAAGAAAAUAUUCCUGAUUCAUUUUACUUAAAUGUACUUCCUUUUGCUGAGGAUGUGCGAGAGUUUCAAUUCCCUUCCUUCACUAAUUUCCCAGCAUCGUGGCAACCAAAUGGACAACAGCUAGAGGCUGCAGCUAACUUAAUAAAAACGCUUGAUCUUGCACCACAUGGGCAAGAGGAAGUUUUGCUACCUGACUUUACACCAAAUCCAGUGUUAGAGCGCUUUUAUCGUUAUCUUGAGCUGAAAUCAAAGGAUCCAGAUGUGGCAGUACCUCCUCUUGAUGGCACACUCAAGAAAAUUACAGAGCCUGAUACUGACCUGCUUUUGCAAAAUAAAUCUGAAAUAGACUCAUUUUGUAGGUCUUUUGAGCUAAAGGGAAAUCCCUUGAAAAAGUCGAGGCGUUUAUUGGGAGGAAAGAGAUCUUUUUCAAAUGAUGAAGAGGUUAAAGGAAACAUUACUGCUCAACCAGCCAAUCUCACCGGAAAUGCAUCUGUUAAUGUUGGGAAAAUUGGGGAUCUGACUCCCGUUCAAUAUUUUGAAGCCUUGAUUUCACGCAGAGAUAGUCCAGAUUGGGUUGUAAAAGCCAUUAAUGAAAUGAAAAAUAAAAUAUUUGACCUGGUGGAGGACUCCCAUGAAGGGGAUAACUAUCCUAAAGCACUGGAAUGUUUAGUUGCACUUCGCAAGGGUUGCAUCCUUGAGCAGGAACCGGAACAGUUCAAUGAUUUCCUUAAACAUCUAUGGAAUUUCUGUCAAGAGAAAAACCUCCCUAGUUUCUGUGAAUAUCUUGCUUCUAAGGAACUCACCUUGAUCUCCAAAACAGAAGCUAUAGACAGUGAAAAUACUGAUGACAAAGCCAGAAAAGGUUUCUUGGUUAAAUCUGAACCAAAAGUUGAUUGAUUCCAUCACUGUAUGCGCUGAAAUAUCUGAGAGCUUCAUUCUUUUGCCUCAGUAAUGAUUAGAUAUCUUGUAAAAACAUCUGUUUUGGAACAAAAAUCUAGGAAUACCUUGUAAAUUGUACUCAUACUUUAGGAUAAUGAUAUGUCAAAACCAGACUGGAGAAGUAUGAUGCAGUUGCAUGGUAGAUGUUUAAGUUGGUUUAUAUUUCCCAAUUUCCCUGAACUAAUGCUAUUUCACUCCAAUAGCAGGGUUUACUGAUGGUCCAUUGAAUUUUGGUCUUUUCUGUAUGUCUGUAUGUAGUUCAACCUUAAUGCCGUAUAACAAAUUCAUGUCUACAUCUAGGAGCCACCAGAAGUUAUGACUAUUUCUUUGAUUAGUUCCAAA